GUGGAGUAACUCACUUUUUUUUUUUGCUCAAUAGCGCAAACAUUGGCUAUGGCACCAGUUACAGCGGCAGUAAAAGUGAAGGACACUAUGACACGAUUAUAGCCUCAAGGUUCACACAGGGUGAGAUUGUAGCUUCCAAACGACAGCUAAACUCAGAGUUUACCUGUAAGGACAUUAUUUGGCAUAAGCUCGGGGGAAGCACGGCUGCAUAUCGUUGCCUGCUCGCGGUUGCAGCCUCUCGGGUGCCUACGUGCCGCUACUGGUUGUCAGCAUAUCUCAUUUGAGAUAAUUGUCUGGUUGUGCAGUCGGGAAAAAAAAACAAACCAACGACAAUGUGCUCGGUUAUAAACAGAGUGAAACCGGUUCAGCGGGCUUUGGCUGUCACGCUUCGCCUCCGAACAAACCCCGAGAGCUUGAGUUAUACGGCAGCCGAGAGCAGGCGCUUCUAUCCCGGCUUAGGUACUGGCGCUGAUCCGCUGCGAACGACCAUCAGAACGUAUUGCUCCAGGAUGGCAUGGACCGAAGGACUGAUCUUCAGACAACUGUUUGAAUCAGAGAGCAGCACCUACACAUACCUGCUGGCAGACGCAGAGACCAAGGAGGCCGUCCUCAUUGAUCCUGUACUGGAGACCAUCGACAGGGACCUGAAGCUCAUACAGGAACUGGGGCUUAAUCUAAAAGUGGCAGUAAACACCCACUGCCAUGCGGACCACAUCACAAGCACUGGGCUGAUGAAGAAAAGACUGGUUGGCCUGAAGAGUGCUAUCUCGAAAUUCAGUGGUGCCUCUGCAGAUAUACUCCUGACAGAGGGGGACAAGAUCACCUUUGGAAAACAUUAUCUGACUGUGAGAGAGACACCCGGACACACUGAUGGUUGCACGACGCUGGUGUCAGGGGAUCAGAGCAUGGCUUUUACUGGGGACGCUCUGCUCAUCAGAGGCUGUGGCAGGACUGACUUUCAGCAGGGCUGCGCCAAGAGGCUCUAUGAGUCAAUCCAUCAGAAGAUCUUUACCCUGCCUGACCAGUGCCUCAUCUACCCAGCGCACGACUACUUAGGUCAGACGGCGUCUACAGUCGGGGAGGAGCGCAAGUUUAACCCACGCCUGACCAAGAGCCUGGAGGAGUUUGUGGACAUCAUGAAUAACCUGAAUCUCCCCAAGCCUAACAAGAUAGAUAUUUCAGUGCCUGCUAAUCUGGUGUGUGGAGUACAUGAAGUUUGAAUGUCCCGCACAAGGGAGGAUUCUAAUCAAAUCAUCUACAUCAUAGCAAAGUGAUUGACAUUUAUAUAUCUGUAUUGAGCAAGAUUAACCAAAAACUGUUAACCAUAACAUGCUUUAUUGUGUGGAUGUAUAUUAAUAUUACGAUGUAUAUUUUAAUGGCUGUUGUCAUUUGGAGUGCAGCUACUGACAUCAUUGUGAUCAUGCUUAAAAUAAAAAUGCUGUGAUUUGUUAGAAAUGAGUGCUAAAAAGGAGUAGAUGAAGAAAAAACACUUCCACAGUUUUUCUGUGUUUUUUUGAUUUAAUAUAAAUGUGAGUACUCUUUA